ACUCAACGAGGAUCGCGAUGGCGUCGGCAGCGACGGACGCGACUCCGGCCACGCCGAGCCGGCACGAGAAGAGCCUGGGACUGCUCACCGCCAAGUUCGUGUCGCUGCUGCAAGAGGCGCCGGACGGAGUGCUCGACCUCAAAGUGGCAGCAGAUACCCUUGCCGUACGACAGAAACGGCGAAUAUACGACAUCACCAACGUGCUGGAGGGCAUCGGCCUCAUUGAGAAGAAGUCCAAGAACAGCAUCCAGUGGAAGGGGGUGGGACCCGGAGCGAACACGCGGGAGAUCUCCGAUCGGCUCGUGGAGAUCAAGGAAGAGCUCGAAGAUCUGGAGCGACGCGAGAGGGAGCUGGAUCAGCAGCGCCUGUGGGUGCAGCAGAGCAUUCGCAACGUCACGGAGGACUCUGACAACAGCAAGUCCGCGUUCCUCACCCAUGAAGAUCUCUGCAAAUGCUUCAAAGGUGACACGCUGCUGGUGAUCAAAGCUCCUGCUGGGACCCACCUGGAAGUUCCGGUCCCCGAGUCGAGCUCUAAUGGCAACAGAAAGUACCAGAUCCACCUGAAGAGCCAGUCUGGACCGAUCAACGUUCUGCUGGUCAACAAGGAGUCGUCGUGCAGCCCGGUGGUGGUUCCCGUGCCUCCCCCGGACGACAUGGUGCAACCCACGCGGCACCUCCCGCCCCUCCCUCAGCGGCCCAACCCUCCCAUGCCGACAGACGGACUUCUCGCAGGGAGCCUGACGCUGAGCGACCCCCCGUCGCCGAUGAGGGGGCAGGCAAUGUGCACCCAGAGUCCGGAGAGUCAUGCCCUCUCUGGAGAAGCGCAAGGCAAGCCGCAACCCCUGCACCUGGCGCUGGAGCCCAUCAAGGCGCAGACGGUGGAAGGUCUGCAGCUGCCUAAAGAUAUAUUCGAGCCGUCAAAAGCGGGAGAUUUCAUUGAUGAGCUCAUGUAUUCGGACGUGUUCACGCCACUGCUCCGAUUGUCUCCCCCUCCUGCGGACCACGACUACUACUUCAACCUGGACGAGACUGAGGGCGUUUGUGACCUCUUUGACGUGCCGAUCCUGGGAAUCUGACGCUCAGUGCCGUCGGCCGUUUGAAGGUUUUCCCAAGGCGCACCUCGAUCCUGAUUUCCACGUGCGUACGCUCUUCCCACCCUUCUCUCCUCUUCAAAGCGUGAGACAGGAUGGACUGAGCGAAAUAAAACGGUGACAUUGAGAGACUCGGAACAGAUUCUCAGUCCUGCCAAAAUGUUUUUGAUCGAAGUGCCUUUACCAAGACUACUGCCCUUCCUACUGCCCUAAACGGUCUCGGUCCACACAUUAUGUUAUGAUUUCUAAGUCCCAUUUUUCAGAAUGAAAAGAGGUUUCACUUGUUGCAGAGGCCUUAAAACAUGGCAUGGAAUUGCCAGUUCCAAAGGUUUUCUUUACAGGGUACGGAUUUUCAGACAGUUCUUAGAGACUGGAUUUUGUUGGUCUCCAAGAAUCGUAGAUCAAAUAAACUGUAAAGUCACCUAUGAGUGAACAGUGUGGCCAGAUGUUUGAGCUCGACUUUCACGUGCCAAAUUGAAACAGAAGGAAACGGUCAGUCCCGAUGUUUUCUUAAUUUUUGUCAUGUUGGUGUGAUGUAACCUUGCUAUAAACAUUGCAGGCUUAAAUUUGGAACCACAUUAAAAGUAGGAACCGGGAAUUGGAAAUGUUUUCGCAUCAUUGUGAUGAGAUUUAACAUUGUGUGCCCUUAUUGUGGAUGGGACUAUUCAUGGCAUUGAAUAGACCAUGGAAACUGAUGUACAUUUUAUUACGGCAACAAAAAGUAUGCUUAAUUUACUGCUUACUAUGGGAAAUUGUGUUCUUAGAGGUCUCUGUAUUUUGGUCGUUGAAUAUUUUUGUUUGUACAUUUUGUCGACAUCGGUUGCAAAAAAAUAAGCGGCAGAAAUAUUUCACAGCAGGGAUAUGGGGGGGGGGGGUAAGUACAGGGCAUCUGUGAGAUUAUUGCGUUAAUACAACAAAAAGGUUAACCGAGUUGAGCGUGGUUAGAAGUGUUGUUCAGAUGUCUUGUAGUUGCUCAGUCCUAAGUUUUGAGAUCACUUAUUUUCCCCCGGGACCUCCUACUGGCCCAGCGGUUUGAUUGUUGGGGGGGGGGGGGGGGGCGGUUCUGCCUCUGUCGGACACCUUGUUUUGUGACUCGGCAAGAUCAAUGUUUGAGAGCGAGUCAACAGGCACAGGCCCCGUUCAUUACUUGCUUGCUCAUGACGCUGCUGGCGAAAAGGGCCCUCCGCUGCAGGCGACUAAAGAACAAAUCUACAUGAUGGGUAUAUGGCUUACUCUUCCAUGCUCACCUGAUGUUUUGAAAGAGGAAACGCAAAUCACUAUUCUAAUUAGACUGGCUUUUCCACAGCUAUGCAUAGGGCAUGCCUUUUUAUUUUUGACAUAAUUUUCACCAUCCACAGGACUCUUCGUGCUCAUUACUUUUAGCAUGAAUCCCACAGGGCCACGGAACGUGCAGAGAGUAAGCCUUCGGACUGCCGUCUUUGUACACGUCGACAAAUGCGAUUAUUACGUGGGCUGUUGUAUUCCAUUUAAAUUGUACGUUGGGAUAGUACGCCCCAUUUGAUAGUGUCAAUAAUAUCUCAACCGACAAUAUGCUGCUUGCCUCUAAAAACAAAGGACCGUGACUGAGGAAGACCCAUAUAUAUAUGACUAUUUUAUUAUGAUUAUGUUCAUCUCUUUGUUUCGUGAAUUAAUUAUAGCAAAGCUUCACCUGCCAGUGGAUGUGUAGACUGUACUUUAAUUGGGUGGAAUGUAUUCGGUGUGAGAUGCCUUAAAGAGAGCUGUUAUAAUAAGGGACGUUCGAUAUUGGGUCAGAAAUGUUGACAUUUGAAAUGUGGUGACAUUUGCUUGGGUUGCUUGGCCUAUCUAUAAGUUGGGCGUUUGUAUUACGUGAGUUUCGUUUUUUAUUUUUAUAUUCACAAUGGAAAGAGUAGGGAAUCUAAAGCUGAUAGAGCAGGCAAGGGUGUUGUUAAUUGGUUGCCUUUCCAGCGAGAGAGGUGGCUUGCACCGGGAAGUCUUUUUUAUGGUGGCUGAUUUGACCGGCGAUUCAACGUUCAAGUGCGAGUGGUGAAUCGCAAGAAGACCGAAGCACCGUACGUUUGCCACUGAUACGGUGCAGUGGGGGGGGGGGGGGGGGAUGCCUGUUGCUUAUUUUGCGAGUUGAACGGAUGUGUUUGUCGUCUCGGAUGGCAACAACAGCCACUCCCCUGGCAGUGACGAGGUCAACUCCAUUGGUCGUGCCACAACAGAGCCAAGUGGAAUGUAGCAAAAUGGUGAAAUGUACAAUUAUUUAGUACCACACUUUAUCCAUGCCUUUAUACUUUCUGUACAUUUUUUUUACUGUGACAUUUUAUGUGAUGAUGUUUUUUGUUUGCGGUUCAUUGCGGUGAUUAUUUUUACUUUACUGUGUGUGUGUGCGCGCGCGCGUGCGUGUGUUGUUUUUUUACUAAGAUACGUUUGUGUUAAGCACCCAAAGCUUGCUUUGGUCGAGCUUAUUUAUUACAUUUCUUUGUCAGACUUUGUUUAAUCCAUCCUGAUUAAUCCACAUGAGCCUGCAGAGUUUUUUUUCAAAGCAAAGCACAGGUCCCUUGUCUCUGCAACCCCUGGUGAAUUUCUUGGUUCAUCCGUGUUCAAACCUGUGUUUGAAUGGACUCGGGUGGAGCGGGCUCAGUGAACUAUCACAGCACACACAUCAGUGUCAUUGAAAUUUCACCAAGUGAUUGUUGUCAAAGCUGCAAAUGUAGUGCGCACAUUUGAACCGAUAUCACACUCAAAAGCGAUUAAAAUCAAAAAGCUUGCAGGUCCAUAUUAUAUGACGGCUAAGUCGUCAUAGCAAGUUUUAGUCCAUGGAGUUUUCCACAUACUGGGUUCACCUAAUUUAGAGGCCAGGCAAUUUACCGACUGUUAUAUUCUAGCAGAAAUUGAGAGGACCAGGUUAAUUAUCAUUUUGCCAACAGGUGUGAUGCUGUACGUAUGUUGAACUUCUUUGUCACCGUGUGUGUAUCGAACCGUUGGAAUCGGAGGUGCGGGUGGGAUACUUCUAAAACUGUUUUGGAAAUUCACCAGAAUCCAGAUGUCGAUGCAGAAAUAUCACCUUUCAUGGGCCCUCGUGGGUCACGUUUGUAAAGAUUUUUUAUAAUUUGCAUCGGGACAGGAGUGGUUAGAGAUCGAAAACAGAGUUGCCAACGUUCAUAAGUAUACUUUCUUGAAGAAGUCAUUUUCGAUCCGGGUCUGUUUAUCUUGCAACUUGUAUAAAAUAAAGUAUCAGUGCAGUGGCUGCAGCUCUGUACAUUCGUUUACACAACAGUUCUUGUCUUUGCAUUAACGUUGGUCUCUUUUCAUGAGCCGUAGUCUGAAAUGCCACAUCCGCAUUUCUGACAACAUUCGUUCUCGUCUUGUUCGAAUUAUGAAAAACAGUUUGGAAGUUUAGAGACGUCAAACCUUUACGGCUGGCGGCCGCUGCAAAAUUGAGCGGUACUUUGGCCUCAGUUGCAUGCCACUUCUUAAACAGAUCUCGUUGAAUAAACUGUCGGUUAAAUAAACUAUUCGCCACAUUACACCUUUGGCAAUUCAACACAACGGUUGUGUAACUCGGUAGUGGGGGGUGGAGCGAGGACCCCUUAACCAGAUGAGCUGCGUUGAGCCAAACACCGUUAUAAAGUGGUGUUACCAACAUACCCUGCUUGUUUAUUUGCGAGUAUCGCAAGCAUGCACAAACGUUAACUACAUAAAACCUGUGAAUUUACUCCUUUUGUGAAUUAAGAAUGCUGUGAUGUGUAAGUGUGUUUCUUUGGAACUCUGCUUCUCAGACUCCCCACUUUGUUGUUGAAGUUUACAUUUCAAAUGCGACCCUGUGUGGUUCUGUAGCGCGUCACAAAGUAAGCUUUUUUACAACCAAAUGUUGUCCCUUCUGCUUUAAAUGUGAAGGUGUGCACCAUCCGUACGAAACGUAUCGCCGUGGUGGUGAGAUGUUAAUUACCUCGCCUGGUAUAAAGGAGCUCGUGGAUUCUAUCCCGACCCUGACGCCCGCUGCUGUAUAUUUGGAGUCUGCGUGUCUCUCCCCGUGGUCGCGUGGGUUUUCCCCCGAGUCCUCCGGCUUUUCCCCUCCACAUUUAGAAUCAACAUCACGUGUUUUAGAGACUUUGGCUACUAUCAAUUUCCACACGACAAGCCACUUUGUAGAGCCAUUUGUGAUAGCCUGGUCGCUUAUGAAAUCGAGCUAUUUCGAUUAGCGGGACAUACGUGAUAAUUUUAUUUUUUAAACAUCACUUCCCAGUUCACUUUGAGCAAUUGCUUAACGUUAAGUGAAAUAUUAUCGAGGCUACAUUGUUACUUGGGGUCGUUUUCAUUUUUUACAAUUUAGCAUGUGCUACCGAAGAGUCCUCGUAAUUUCAAAAUGCGUGAUAUUUUUUUAUUUUACAAUGUCACAUCUGUGCAGAGUUUUGCAGAUGUUAGUAUCAUUUGCAAUGCGUAACGAUUUUAAAUAACCAUCGGAAACAUUGUGACGUGACCUGAUGCAACUCGACAUCACUGUUUGGUGGGGAAAAGCUGAAAUAGUGAAGUCUCACGUUUGCGUUGUCAUACGCUCGGAUGAACCAGACUACCAUCCCCCCCCCAAAAUUAACUCAAAUGUUUUAUCUAGGGAGGUUCUUAUUUUCAGAUUUUACAGAUUAAUCGGACAAUUGGGAACACGUGUCUAACCAUGUGGUGAUGCUGAAUGUAAACUACAAACUAAACUAUUUUAUUUUGCCAGGCAAGUUUCACUGAGCUCUGUAGCUCUUUUGUCAGAAGCGACCUGGCCACAAAUGACAGCUCAACGAAGCGGCUCGUCACAUGGAAAUGUACAGCAGCCGAAUACUCUAAACGCGUGACGUUGAUUCUAAAUGUGGAGGGGAAAACCGGAGGACCUGGAGAAAAGUCCACGCGGGCACGGGGAGAACACGCAAAUGCCAAAUAUACAGCUGGCGUCUGGGUCGGGAUUGAACCCACGACCUCCUGCAUACCUAGCGAGGCAGUUAACAUCUCACCUCCGUGGCGUCACAAUGAGCGAAUUCGCACAAUUUGUAAACGAUACCAAUCCGUGGCUUCUUCAUCUAUCCAGGAUGAGGGGGUGGUGGGCCGCUUGGGUUAUGACAAUUGGCAGAACAGCAGGGCGCAGGAUGUUGUUUCACGGUAUUGUAAAACAGGACUACAUUUUGGGACAUGGAUCAACCUUUUGUGUCCUUACACUAAAAGUAUAUACAAGUAAAUGGGAUGUGUAAGUCGAGUCAUGUCCUUGUAGUAUAAAAAAAAUGGGUGUAAAAUCACGUACACUUUCACACGGGAAAAUUGAUUGGCCAAGCUGGAACUGUGACCGCUCUUGCGUCAAACUUCCAUCGUCGCGUCAAAACGAUUGCCUCGUUUUGGCCCGUCGUUUGACAUCCGUCACGCACCGAAAUGACAAGCGGUGGCAAGUGACUCCGGCUAA